GCACAUAUCAUUGAGGAAUUGGGGAAAUCUGGAUCUCAUGAAAAUAAUUAUGCUAGUUAUCAAGAUCUUUCAGAUUAUGAUUAUAGCGACGGAUAUGAAUCGGAUGAUUGCCUCCGAGCGCUGCAAACUCAAGUAGAUAAAGUUCUGGCGACAGUUGCUUCCCCCAAUUAUACUAUUCCUAGUGGCGAAGACAUGACCGAGUUUAAACAUUAUGGGAGAUUCGAUUUUGUGGAUAGGUUUCCAAAUCACUUCUUUGAAACAUUGAAUCUGCACAAGCCUUCGUCGAUGUGGAUUAAGAGAGUCCAGGAAGAGUUGAAAUUUCUGGACAACAUGCCAGACUCCAUAAAUGUUAAAGCAUGUGAAGCAAGAAUGGAUCUUAUCCAAGCCGUCAUAGUGGGAUCAGCUGGAACCCCAUAUCACGAUGGUCUCUUUGUCUUUGAUCUCGCCUUCCCUCCUUCAUAUCCAGAUGUACUCCCGACUGUUUACUACCAUUCGGGUGGUCUUCAAUUGAACCCAAACAUGUCCAAAGAUGGGAUAGUGCGAUUGAACACAUGGAAGCUUGAGAAAGGUGAACCAAUACCGAAAAUGUCAACCAUGGCACAAGUUUUGUGCUCCAUACAAGUUCUGAUUUUCAACUCUAAACCCUUUUUCAAUGAACCUGGAAAUUCAGAAAUUUAUGUUGGAAAAAAGGGUAAAAAGAAGUCUAAGGAUUACAAUGAGUCUGUCUUCAUCCUAUCACUAAAGACAAUGAUGAACACACUUACAAGCCCACCAGAGAGAAAUAUAUUGAAUUUAGAAACCAUGGGAGAGCUUCAUGCUAAAUCUUUCUUGGCACUAUUAUGCAUGUUGGUUCUAAAACGGAAGUGCUAG